CUCGAUGGACCCCAUUCAAGUCAAUGGGAUCCUUUGGGACCAAAUGGGAUCUUUCGGGACCCUAUAGUGUCAUUUGUGCUCCAACCUGUUCUGGGUCCGUUUGGCGCCAAAAUAAAAAAAGCUGAGCUGUCUCAUAAUGGCCAUGUGAACUUAGCCUUAGGCUCCCCUGCUAUUACCCAGCCAUUAGAAAAUAUCCAGAAUAUUUCAAAUGUUUUCAUGUCUAGUUCCACACAAUCCCUGUUUGGUGCAGUCUAGGUUGUUGCUAUGUCAAAACGUAAUCUUCCCUCUAACCCCCUCUCUUCUCCGGUGGUCAAGUGGCUGUCAUUGGAGGACCCGCUUCCAAAACAAGUGCUUGUUUACCUAGGGGGUGCUGUGUAACCAGAUGGAACUUGUUUGGCCAAUUUAUUGUGUGAACUGCUAGCCCUGAGCCUUAAAGUCAAUAGAAAGGGAAAGGAAAUACAGCCUCAUUCCAUCGGCGCUGAUACGAUGUCAUUACUCAGGCCUGUACUCAAACAAACAGACAAACAUCUCCUGGACAUCAGAGCUGGCUGUUCCAUGGCCUGAGAGAUCCCACAGUGCAAAGUCCUUUCAGCAGCACUGUGAGCUGUUAAAACGUUUGCAUGCCUUCAUACAGUCGAUAAUACAGGCCCCUGACAGUCAUGUAUCUCCAGGACUGCAGAAACCAAAAAAGGCUCUCAAGAAAGAAGGCAGCGCCGCUCACUAUCAGUCAGAUGGUACUUUGUCUGUCUCUUGUGUUUACGCUGUACGUGGGAGUCGCCAGCGCUCGUUGCCCGAGGAUUCGCUCUAGGGAGAUGCUCUGUGGCUCAGAACUAGUGGACAUGCUGCAAUUCAUCUGUGGUACCAGAGGCUUCCAUGUCAGUAAACCUGGUUCGGUCCGCAACAGAUCUCGACCUGGGAUAGUGGAGGAAUGUUGUUUCUGCGGGUGUACUUUUGCAAUACUAGAAUCCUACUGUGCAGCUCCUAUUUCUAAUACUACUAAUAGAGAAGAACAAAAAUCUUAGAAACCUAUUGGUUUUUCUUGAAGUUGAUUCCAGAAUGAUCACGGAAAUCUGGCCUAAAAGGGACUUUGUGCUGCCAUGGAUUAGUGCAAUAAAUGGGGAAGAAAAUCUCAAAAAUUAAAGGGAAAACUGAAUUUUCCUGAAUUCACCUGAGCCCGCGUGACCCCCCGUGUGAUGAAGUGUGUUGGCCAGGCUGUCGACAUCUAGCAGUGAAUAAAAUGAAUGUCGGUAUGGACAUGUGAUGUGAAGGCUGUGCCCCAGUUAUGGGAUCCGCUUGAAAGACGUUAAUCUUCAUUCUUAGUUUAAUAUAUGGAAACUCUAUUCCACUGAUAUGUUGGAAGCCACAUAUGUUUUUCCACCCCUUUUUUUAACCUCUGCCCUUGUAUUUGUCUAUUCCAAGAUACUUUUUACUACUCUUAUUAAAUUUAGUUUUUCCAUACAUUAAAUGUUGGCUUUAUUUUUCUUUGCUAUUGAAGUGGAAAUUAAUAACUUGACUUGACCUAAAGGACUUGGAUCACCAGAGAUUUCGUUGGCAUGUUGUUUGGCUAUACCAACAAAGUUAACCAGUUGGUGUCUAACUGAUUUGACCCCUGGCUGACCUUAAUGAUCAGCACCCUUGACAAAAGUGCAGAUGCAACAGGAGAUUAACCUGUACAGCGCUUACCUCUCACUAUUGAGCAUUAGUUUUGUUCUAGUGGUUGAUGGGGUCACUGGGACAAAAGCCCUAUGGAUUUAAUACUUCUAGUGUAUCCCAAUUAAAUGUUAGAAAUGGCAGCAUAUCAUGGCAAUAUGCUCCUAAUAUCUGUAGUUAGCCAACCCAGUAAU